GAUCGAGAUGGAUGCGAUCGGGUCUGCCACAAUGCCUUCUUAUUGCUCCUGGUGGUCCGGCGGCCAUGAAUCAGAUGCCCGCCGUCUAACAACCGUACCGAUACGGUCCCAGGGAAAUGCGUGGGGAGGAGCCAGCCGACUUAUUCCCGACUCUUGCCACAGCCCUGUGCUGCAUUCCCAGGUUCAUUUCCAAGUUUUGGAGUCUGAUUUCCAGCUGCCUUGUGUUCAGUCCUCCGUGUUUGACUCAGCCGAUCGCUGUCCGCUUUUGACGAGACCCAUGAACAUUUUUUGACUUUCACGCUUCACGCCUGUCAACCUUGUCACCACCCCAUUAUCUCAAGCCGCUCGCUGCCCCUCCUAUAGCGACUACCACCCCAACACUCCCAGAAUGGGAAAUCAGUAAAAUACCUCAUUUUCCCCGACUUUCAUUCAAAUCGCUGUUACUCUGAAGUCAACGAUCAUGACAUCGUCACGAUCGAGAGACCAGGACCACACUGAUGGACGCCGAGUUCGCGAACUUUACCGCUAUUUUCAGCCAGAGCGAUCUUUAUUUUCGAAUAGAGUAUUAACUCCCUCCGGAAGCGACCCGGAAACCGUAUCACAGACCUUCUUUACCGCCGAAGAUUCCACGUUACCUGUUCCUUCGUCACCUGCACUCUCAGCACAACUUGCCGCUACGACGGCGGGCCUUCUCCCCGAGGCUCUCGUCUUGGGUGAAUAUAAUGCGACCUUGACUUCCUUUGCGCAGUUGGCGGCCCUUCGCCUCAACGUGGAUCGCGUUUUGAUCAGUGUCUCGGACCGUCAAUCGCAAUUCAUCCUAGCCCAGAGCUCAAAAGAAAUUCUUGGUGUGAAGAAGCCGUACGAGUCGGUCGGAGAUGAGAUGUUCGAUGGCUGUUAUACUCUUUCCACCACUGCGUGGCCAAUGUGCAAGAAUACGAUAAACCUUCCUCCGGCGAACAGAGACCGUGGAGAGUAUCAUUUUCUCGAAGUCAACGAUUUACGUCAAGAUAAUCGCUACAAAUCCUUACCCUUCGUGAAAGCCGAUCCUCAUUUUCGAUUUUACGCUGGAACCCCCCUCACCACCGAGACCAACAUCAAUAUUGGCUGCUUCUUUCUGUUAGACACGAAACCGCAUAAUGGAUUGACGCAGGAGGAGAGGGAGACGCUCGGCUCAAUAUCGAUUUUAAUCAUGAACUUUCUCAAAGUGAGCCGACAAGCUUCUGAAGGGCGGCGUGCGGCAAGACUUUCUCGAGGCCUUAGCUGCUUCGUCGAGGGUAGCUCCAGCUUUGUGGACUCUAUUCAUCCCUCGUAUGCGGGCAGUGGAGCUGCGUUGCCGAGCACGCCUCCGUCUUCUGCUCAACGGGCCAAUCACUUAUCGGUGGGAUCGUCAAACAGCCUCGAUGUGCCUUUGAAGAGAACCUACAGCAAUGAUGCUCAAUCCUUCAGUACAGUCUCAGAUCUCCGGCCGGAUAACGGCGGCUCUUCUAGCCCCCCGACAGCCCUGCCUGAAUGGUGGUCAGGAAGUCAGCGCAAAGACCUUAAUGGGUUAGAUCAAUCACAUGGCAACUGCUGGGCCUUUAGGAGAGCGGCGAAUCUGUUGCGCGAGAGCUUAGAGUUGGAAGACGACGGCGGCGUGGUGUUUCUGGAAGUUGGUAACGCUCCAGCUACCGAUUAUGAUUCUGGGAGUGACUAUUCGCCUGAAAAUGCGUCACCGGCCUCGGUCCUGGCCAUGUCAACCACCGAAGAGCCAUUUGCGCCUGGACCAGGAUCGGCGAUGGUCUCACCCGCCGCCAAUCUCGAUAGCAGUUUCCUGCAGCAGCUCAUACGUCGAUAUCCUAAAGGAAAACUGUGGUCUUUUCACCGGGAUGGUAUGCUCUCAAGUUCGGACGACGAGAAGACCAAUUCUGCUUCGAAGUGUCGUUCAAGAGCGGUAACGACUCCAGAGCUUGCAAAAAGCGGACAAAAGAAAUGGAAGUCUUUAGAGAAUUCGAUCCUGAAUCUUCACUUUCCCAACGCGACACAAGUGAUCUUUGUUCCUCUCUGGAAUCCUGCAAGCUCUCAGUGGUUCGCUGGAUGCUUUUGCUGGAAUACUGUUGAGACUCAAGUUUUCAGCUCUUCAGUCGAGCUGAGUUCGAUACUGGGCUUUGGUUCUUCCAUCAUGGUCGAACAUAGCCGUCUUGAGUCGCUCAUUUCAGAUCGCCAAAAGGGCGAUUUCAUCGGUAGUAUCUCGCAUGAACUACGAAGCCCACUUCAUGGAAUACUAGCAGCGGCAGAGUUCCUAAGCGGCACGAACCUCGAUGAAUUCCAGGGCUCCUUAUUGGAGACGAUCAACGCCUGUGGCCGGACCCUUUUGGACACAAUGAAUCAAGUUCUCGAUUUCAGCAAGAUCGUCUCGCUGGAGAGAAAGUCUCGCCAACUGAGGGCAAAGAACAAACACUCCCUCUUGGACGUCACGGACGUUUCUUCAGAAGGAUUGGAUACGGAUGUGCCGACUGAUCUUGCUCUUCUAGCUGAAGAAGUGGUGGAAGGCGUGUGCCUCGGGCAUGCAUAUAGCCAGAGGUCUUCAUCUAACCCAAUGAGUCCCACCGCCGACAAGCCGCGGGUGGGCCGCCUCGAACAUUCUGGACCUCAAGAUGAUGUUGAGGUGACUGUCGACAUUGUGCAGAAUGACUGGCUGUAUUACACUCAACCAGGAGCGCUGCGACGUAUCAUUAUGAAUAUUUUUGGCAAUGCCAUGAAAUAUACCGACGCUGGCCGCGUUUCCUUACGCCUUGAAGCGACAGAGUCUUCCGAAGGGCGCCGGAAGCAGCCGGCAGAAGACCUAGUGACAUUGACAGUGUCUGACACAGGGAAAGGCAUAUCCGAAGAAUUCCUUCGCGGUCGAUUGUAUACUCCAUUUGCUCAAGAAGACACGCUUGCAGUUGGCACUGGGCUUGGCUUGUCAAUAGUCCGGAGUUUGGUGAAAGCAUUGCAUGGUAGUAUCAAUGUGCACAGUCGACCCAAGGAAGGAACCAUUGUCAAAGUCACCCUACCUCUAACGCGCCCUGGAGAUGAUGUAGAGGUUAUGGGCUCGGCUACAGAUGGGGCACAAGUCAUCCAGCCUGCUUUGACGAAGGAGGGUGCAAAUGACUGCAACAUCCUUCGCGACAACCACAACCCCAGGCGGGCUACCAUUCUUGGGCUUAGACCAGCUGAAGCCGCUAAACAUCCCAUGUGGUCAAUAGUUUCUCGGUACGUGACGGAUUGGUAUGAUAUGGAGCUGGUCCCUUGGCCGUCGAAAAAACCGGUCGACGUGGUUUUGGCAGACGAGUUCACAUUAACCGAGCAUCCACUGCAAGACUCAGUCACGACCCUUCCAGCGCUUCUCAUCAUCUGUAGCAGGGUGAUCGAUUAUAAUGCUGCACGUUCUCAAUGGUCAUCACUCGCUGAUAUCGUCAGCAUUAUCACUCGCCCAUGCGGUCCUCACAAGCUUGCCCGCACCAUCCGAAAGUGCCUGGAUACACAAACAAUCACAAGUCCAAAACAGCACCAAAUCGACCUGCCAGAGCGUCCUAUCAGAGCCUCGAAGACACUGCUUUCCGAGUCGAAUGCAAUCCCUGAGGAAAAGGCAAAGGCCUUUGAUGAUUUGGGCGAGACUCCGGAUCUGACUGACGCAACGAGCUCGAUUGUGUCGAAUUCAGUAAAGUCGACACCAUCGCAAAGUACCUCCGAAAUGGCAGACUUUAUGUCUGUUACCAUCGUCCCCCCUUCUCCGCUUGAGUCGCCAUCUAUGACGGCAGCACGCCCAAUCAAAUCAGAUCGUCACCCACGAGUCCUGGUGGUCGACGACAACUCUAUCAACCUCAACCUCAUGCUUACGUUUAUGAAGAAGCGUCAGUUGGCGAUUCUCGACUCGGCAGAGAACGGUCAACUUGCGGUCGAUGCUGUAGAACGAACACCACAGGGGUAUGAUUUGAUUUUCAUGGAUAUUUCCAUGCCUGUCAUGAACGGGUUCGAAGCUACACGCGCCAUCCGCGCUAUUGAAAAAGAACGCGGUUCAGAAUGUCCCACACCAGCCAUCAUUAUCGCUCUUACGGGGCUGAGUAGUUCACGCGAUGAGUCUGAAGCUCUUGCCUCGGGUAUUGACCUUUUCCUCACGAAGCCAGUUUCUUUCAAGGGUGUCUCUAAACUCCUCGAUGACUGGGAGGCACGGACGCUGUCUGAUACUAUCUCGCCUCUCGCUCCCUGAUUCGCACAUCAUGCAUAUCACGACACAGGUCCAUUGCAAUGCGCACGCCCUCAAAAUCUGACCUGACAUCUAUCCGCCUUCAUACUUUGUCAUCCGGUUCUUGUACUAGGUAUAUCGUGGGUUUCUACUCUAGGAGGCAUUUGUUCGUCUUUGGUUCUAUUGGGUUACUUCUUGGUAUUUGGUGCUUCUCUGUUUGGGCUUUUUUCAGCUGUCCACAGCUCGGUUCGGUCCGACUUGAUCCUCUCUCUUCGUUCCUUUUAUGCAUGCGAUGGGAUUGCUCCGUACACGGACUUGAAAGCAUGAGUGAUACCCCUGUUCGAUUUGAUACCACAUGGCAUGAUAUGAUACUGCAUAUCUAUGACGAAAUGAAAUAUAGAGACAAGACUUGCAUUUGUUGCAACAUAUUCGGAGCUGAUUUAGAUGGACAUGGGCAUAGUCGGAUAGAUGAAUAUAAAUAUCGCAUUAUCUAUAACAAUUAUGUCUUCUAAAUUAUGACUUUGUUGCGCUACCUAUUAAUCAUCUGACUCAUAUCACAAUGAUAUCCAAAUCUAUAUAGAAGCCGCGUUGCCCUGAACAUCGUGAAUGUGAACUUCAAGAACGCUAAUACCUCUCCACUAGCCACUUCCGCCGCGUCUUCUCAUCCAUCGUGCUGAGUUUCUCGCUCUCCGCCCGCUUCACCAUGAUGUAAUUUCUCACUAGAUUGGGACCGAGCAGCUCUUGGAGGAUUUGGUUAGAUGCUAGUGCAUCAAGACUCUGGGACAGGGUAGUUGGGAGCUUGGUUGUGAUUCCCAGGGCGGUCCGCUCGGCAUCGGUGAGGGUUGCUGCGUCAUCUAUACCCCCAAGUUAGCGAAACCUUGAUACGUAGUGCCA